AUGGCGGACGUGACGGGGGUUGCAAUUGGGCGGGACUCGACUGGGGACCCUGGAGACUCGAUGCGAGGAGUUACUGGCAGGGAGCCGGUGAUGGCUAUGGCCAUGACUAAACGGGGGACCAGCUAUGAAAGUUCUUCUUCCGGCUUUGAUCUGCCAGUGGACAGCGAGCAUAAGGCCCGCCGCAUCAAGCUCCUCAGCGUGGCAAAGCCCCACAUGCGCGCGUUCCAUCUCUCCUGGUUCUCAUUCUUCUGCUCGCAAUUUGCGACGUUCGCGGCGACCCCCCUGAUCCCGAUCAUCCGUGACAAUCUCGACAUGGACUCGAAAGAUCUGGGGAACGCCGCGGUGGCUUCCGUUACUGGGACCAUCUUUGCGCGUCUCCUUAUGGGCAGUCUGUGCGACUCCAUUGGUCCCCGGUUUGGGCACGCCUUCCUGAUGCUGCUGACCGCCCCAGCCACUUUUAGCAUGGCGGCCGUUGACAACGCCACAGGCUUCAUCAUCUGCCGGAUGUGCAUCGGCUUCUCAUUGGGCGUCUUCGUGGCGACGCAGUUUUGGGCGUCCGUCAUGUUCAAUGGCAAGAUUGUGGGGGUCGCCUGCGGAGCCACAGCGGGGUGGGGCAACAGCGGCGGCGGCCUAACCCAAUUUAUCAUGCCCCUGAUCUUCGCCCUCUUCAGCAUGGCUGGCGCGCCCGACUUUGCGGCCUGGCGCUAUGUGUUCUUCGUCCCGGGCGUGUUGCAAGUCUUCGCCGCAUAUCUAAUCCUGGAGUUCUCGCAAGAUUUGCCUGACGGGCAGUACGCGCAGCUGCGGAAAACGGGGCAAAAGGUGAAAGAGAAGGGCCAUCGGGUGCUCAUCACUGGUCUAAGCAACUACAGAACGUGGUGCCUGGUCGCGACGUACGCCUUCAGCUUCGGCAUCGAACUGACGAUGAACAACAUCCUGAGCCCCUACUUCUUCGACCGCUUCAACCUGGACAUCACGAGCGCCGGCAUGCUCGCGUCCAUCUUUGGGAUCAUCAACAUAUACGCGCGCGCGGGGGGAGGCAUCUUUUCGGACAUGGCCGCGCGGCGGUGGGGCAUGCGCGGACGCCUUUGGACGUUGUUCGUGCUGAUGAUGGUCCAGGGGGUCUUCAUGAUCCUGUUCGGACGGAUGUCGUCUCUGACUCCCGCCGUGAUCGUCAUGGUCGUUUUUGCCAGCUUCUCCGAGUUUGCGUCCGGGUCGACCUUCGGCAUCGUUCCGUACAUCUCGCGGCGCGGCCUGGGUAUCGUGUCGGGCUGCGUGGGCGCCGGCGGUAAUGCGGGCAGCGCGAUCGUGCAGGCAAUCUUCUUCACCAAUAACCCGGUCCCUACUCAGGACGGGAUCUCGAUUGUGGGCAUCGUCGUCAUGGUCGCCGCGCUGUUCGUGCUGCCCAUCUACUUCCCGCAGUGGGGCUCCAUGCUUUUCCCGGCGGACCGGCGACCCACCUCCACAGAGGAGGAGUACUACGCCGGUGAAUACAGCGCCGACGAGCGCAGCCAGCACCUGCACGCGCGCGUGCUCCCCUUUGCGGCCAACGCGCGCUCGGAGCGCGGGAGCAGCUUCAACGACCUGCUCGCGCUGGAAAAGGACGCGAGCGCGCCCGCGGGGUCCAAUCAAGAGGUGCGACGCGGCGACGCCCCGGGCGGGGACGUGGACGCCGCAUCGAAGGGUUUGGGGGCGUUGGAAAUGGUGCGGGAGGAGGCCGAAAGUCGCCGCUCUAGUUUUGCGGUCGAGAGGGCAGAAGCGCCCGGGGGAAGUGAAGCGGGUGCUCGAGGGGGCUUUUCGGGGGGUUCGAAAGCAAGCGGGGGUCUAUCGCCGGCUGCAAACAACGAGUCGGAACAGGUGCACGGUCGCUCGGACUUCGCCGAGGAGCUCCGCCGACACAGCCUGGAGAUCAGUCCAACUUAAGCACUCCCCCCGGGGCGCCCUACGCACUUAUCGGGCAAGGAACACAUCUAGCGUUCACGGAGUGCACUUCUCAGCCGCCUAUUCCUGGGCCUCAAUGUCACGGCCCGCGAGCCGGGAUCGUCGUCUCUGCCGGGCUCCAUUUUUGCUAGUAUGAUUACUUUGCCUUCUUCGGAGGGUCCGUUACAUACAUUCUGAUUUUGGCGUAAGAGUGACACUUUUUCCGGGAGCUGUUAUCAACUGGCGGCCUCGUCAAUAGCAUUGAACCAGUUUUGUCGCGCGCUAUUACUUUGAGUAGGGCUUGUGAAUGAGAAGAGGGUUUCAGAGCUUGGCGCAGUGUCGAGAACGGCUGGAUAACCUUUCAAGCGGUGUAGAAUCAGGCAGAGUUCUGUAUAUCUUCGAGUUGGUCAAUCGAGUGGAGAAAAAAGAGGAAGAUUGUUGAGCUUGUGACGUCCGAUAGGCUGCUGAGUUGCUGAGUAGAAGCGACAGCCGGAAAGCAGGUUUUGUAACGAGAGUGCACGCACGCUGACCAUUUUUGAGUUUAAUGAUCCUUCAAGCGCGGGUACGGUCACUGACGGAGAAGCUGAGAAAACGCUGACUUCAAUCAUCUUGUGCAGAGCGGUAAAAUGCUUCGUUGAAUAAGCCCUCGCAGUCCCUUGCGAAGUGAGCAGCC